AUGUCCCCUUCGACCUCCGUUCCCCUCAAACGGCCUCACUACGAUCCACUUAUAUCCCUCCGAAUAUUUCACAGGCGAUCUGUUUCCGACGGGAUACUUCGAAGAUUCCGCGAGCUUCUCCAAGUGCACCAAAAUACUAUAUCAGGGCAGGACAACCCGGGACCUGGUCCACCUUCCCAGACAAGGAAGUUCUGGAAGUUUAUGCGGAGCGAGAUGAAGCAAAACGAUGCGUUGGGAUCUUCCACGGGAGUGAAAAGUGGAGAGUGGUACAGGGAAAUCGAUGGAUUGCGAUCUGGUGUGGGCGUCCCCAAGAGCCACAAGGCUCGCGAUCUUCCACCCUCAGCAGUCGGCAUUCACCCCAAACCCGAUCUUCACCCACCCCACUGGCGGAACGUUGGUGGAUUUGGUCUCAAGACCAGAAAAGGCGCGAGACGCUCCUCGACUUCAAGCUAG